AUGGCGUCGACGGCGUCGCGAGAGAAGCAUGUUUCCGCGGAGGUUUUGCGGGGACUCGCCCGGCAUUUAAACUCUCUCGGCGAAGACGACAAGUCGACGAGGAAGAGAGCCCUGGAGUCCAUCAAGAGGGAGACGGUGGAUAAAAAGCUCUCGGCUGUCGCCCUCCAGGAGCUUUUCUCAGCCCUCCUCAAGCCCCUCCUCAAGUGUCUGUCAGACCCGAUGGAAAGAUGCCGAGAAAUCGCUAUUUUGUUAAUAAGCGAGUUUAUUCGCUGCGUCCCCGAACCGCAGGAGUCGUUGCCUUAUCUCAUGCCGUGCUUGGCUCAGCGGUUCGGCGAUAAGGAGUUGCUUGAGCCGGCGGAGGAGCUUCGCUUGUCGGCGACGCGGAUGUUGAGUCUGACGGUGGAGGUGUGCGGAAAGCAGCUGGCGCCUUACCUGAACGAAAUGAUGAACAUUUUGCAGAGGACCGUGGUCGACCCUUUCCCCGAUGUCAAAAGAGAAAGCUGCAAAUGCACUGUGAACUUCGCUAAGUGCGUACCAGAGCACUUCCACAUGCAGGCUGAGAGUCUGGUGAAGCCUCUCAUGCAGACAAUCGCUCAUCAGCACUCCAAGGUGCGGGUGUCCGUCAUCGAAGCCACCGGCACGGUCAUUCAGUUCGGCACUGGGAAAAACGUGGACGACGUCCUCUCUCACCUGGCACAGAGGCUGUUUGACGACUCGCCGCAGGUGAGAAAAGCUGUGACCGUAGUCGUCGGUGAUUGGCUGCUCAACUUGCCGGACAGAUACUCCUAUUUCCACAAAGUCACUCCGCUCUUGCUGAGCAGUCUUACCGAUGAGAUUCCCGAAAUAAGGCUUUUGGCGGCUGAUUUAUGGCGGCGGGUCGGCGCCCAGUGGGAGAAGGAGAACGAGGACGACCUCAAGGACAAGAUGGACUUCCUCCUCACGCCGCCGCCCUUUUAUCCACCAGGAGUGGAGCGUCCAGGUCUGGGCUGUCGGGAGCUGGUGGUGAGGAAUCUCUACAGACUUGUGCCCGCCAUCAGCCACGACCUGAGCGACUGGCUGGUUCCCACUCGGGUCAGAACCUCUCAGCUGCUGUCGGUGCUGCUGCUCCACGCGGAGGACCACAGCACACAGCACCUCCAGCCUCUCCUGGCCCUCCUCUACCGGGCCUGUACCGACUCUGAGAGGGAUGUGGUCCACAACUGCCUGGCCGCUGCUAAACAGUUGGGCACCUUCGUCCCACCUGAGGUCUUCCUCAAGCUGCUCCUGGAUCACGUCAACGCGCCCUCCUCCGCCUCCUACCCGUGGUCCGCCCUCAUGGUGCUGUGUGCCGUGCUGGGAGGAUGCCCCAAGGCUCUGCUGGUGCCGCACCUUCGGCAGGUUGCCGACACACUGGCGCGGCCUGAAGUCUGCCAGGAAUAUCAUCAGGUUGCGUACUUGGAGCAGUUGCUAGCCUGCGUGGACGCGCUGCUGCGCCAGUGCGGUUCCGACUGCGGCGCGGUCAGCCUGCAGCUGCUGCAGGUGCUGGUCACCGUCCAGAGCCUCUCCACGGAGCCUCGCGUCAGCCAGAAGGCCCUGGAGAGCACACAGAUUUUGUGCGAGGUCCAGGGACUGGGCUCGGUGACGGAGCUCUACAGGCAACACGUGGCCCAACUGCUGGACUGGCAGUCUGCCUCUGUGGACUCCCUGUCCAUUUAUUCCCCGCAGCGACUCCAAAUACACAUCAUAGUGGUGCAAUCAGGUCCAGUUAUUGGAGAGUUCAUGAGCCAGUUGAUGCCCCUGCUGUGCAAGUGGCUCCAUCCCGAGCAAGACCAAGAGAUGAGGAUGAACAUCUUAACCAUGCUCGCCAAGCUGCUGCUGGACGCAGGCAACACGCUGGAUUCUCAGGGAUUUUUUCGGGACGGAUUUGAGAAUUUCCUGUCCGAGGUGAUUUUUCCGAACCUGUCGUGGCUGCCGGGCCGCUCUGCCGCCGCCCUGCGGACCGCCGCCCUCAGCUGUCUGCUGGCGCUGCUGCACGGAGGUGCCGUCACGCCCCGGCAGGUGCUGGCGAUGGAGUUGCCUCUGACCAGUGGACUGUCGCUGUGGAUGAAAGAAGAAUCUCCCAUGAGCCGACUGUUGGCCUGUCGCUCGCAGUCCGUCGUCCUCAAACUGGUGGGAUCCAGUCUGAGCGCGCAAACCCUCAACAGGAUCUACCCCAGUCUGCUGAGCCGUCUGGACGACAGCAGCGAGGACGUGCGGCGCGAGGCCCUGCGGGCUCUUGGCCUGUGGUUCUCCUGCCUGGGAGCCAACUACGACACGCAACUGUGCGCCUCGGACCUGCGCUUUGUCUUCCAGCAGCUCCUGCUGCACCUGGACGACGCCGACGGCUCCGUGCAGGACCGAGCGCUCGAAGUUCUGAUGGCGGGCAGCCGCGUCGUCCCGAAUCUUGUCAAGAAGGAAACGGAAGCCGUGAGGGCCAAACAUCGAUCGGUUCGAUACUGCGACCGAUUGCUGCAGCACAUCGACUCAAUCGGCCAACGGUCCACUCGCUAACCGCAACGCAGUAGGAUUAUGAUUAUGAUGAUGAUUCAACAAGAAUUCAUUGAAGCCGCAGGUCUUGUUUGACUUUACUCAUUUUUCAGCUUGUUGCUCAUCACUAGUGGCCAGUCUGGAUUUUUUUUGUCUUUUUUUU